AUGGCCCAUACUCUUCGUCCAGCAACAGCUCCAUACAGUGAGCCCCUUCUCCAACAACUAGACAUCCGCAAUCCAUACUAUACAGACCUCCACCAUAACCUACGCGCUACCGUACGCGAGUACAUCGACACAUAUAUCUCCCCCUACGCCGCAGACUGGGAAGAAGCUGGUCAAGUCCCCGAAGCUGUACGCCGGCGUCAUUGCAGACUGGGCUACGGCAUCGUGCAUCCCCUCACGAGCGAGGAGGACUCGGCCGGCCUCUCUCUACCUGGUGAUGUGCCGCGCGAGAAGUGGGACACAUGGUGUUCGCUGAUUGCAACGGACGAGCUCACACGCAUUGGCUAUGUCGGCGUGACUUGGGGGCUGGGCGGUGGUAAUGCGAUUGGAUGUCCGCCUGUUGCGCGUUUUGGGAAUGCUGAGCAGAGGAAGAAAUGGCUUCCUGGUGUUGCGAGGGGGGAUAUCAGAUUUUGUUUGGGGAUUACCGAACCAGAUGCGGGCUCUGAUGUUGCCAGUAUCAAGACUACCGCCCAGCGGGAUGGAAAUCACUAUAUUGUGAAUGGGGCGAAGAAAUGGAUUACCAAUGGUAUCUGGGCUGAUUAUUGCACUACUGCUGUUAGGACUGGUGGUCCUGGCAGGUCUGGUAUCAGCUUGCUUGUUAUCCCCCUGGCUACUGCCGGGGUGACUCGCAGGCGUAUGCAUAACUCGGGCGUAAAUGCCAGUGGCUCAACCUUCAUCGAGUUUGAAGAUGUGCAAGUUCCUGUCGAGAACCUCAUCGGUCAAGAGAACAAGGGAUUCCCCCUAAUUAUGUCGAACUUCAACCCAGAACGUCUCUCCCUUGCCUGUGCAUCCUUACGACUCGCCCGAGUCUGUGCCGAAGAUGCCUACAACUACGCCUUACAACGCGAGACAUUUGGAUCACCACUGAUUGAAAAACAGGCAAUCCAGUCCAAGAUCUUCAAAUUUGGUCUGAUGAUUGAGCCAGCCUAUGCGUUCAUGGAGCAGCUUGUAAAUAUCCUCGAACUCACCAAAAACCGUCCUUCUGACGAUGUCAACAUUGGUGGCAUGACUGCUUUGCUAAAGGUCAUGUCAACGAGGGCUCUAGAAAAGAGUGUCCGAGAAGCACAGCAGAUUAUGGGAGGUGCGGGCUAUAACAAGGCUGGGAAAGGAGCUAGGAUCGAACAGAUUAGUCGUGAUGCUCGGGUUCAUGUAGUCGGCGGCGGAAGUGAGGAGAUUAUGGCCGGAUUGGCCCUGAGGGAGGAGACAAAGGCGAUCCGUACUCGGCGAAAGGCACUUGAGAAGAGGCAGUCUAAAGUAUGA